AAAUUUUAAAAAUUGAACCCAUGUUAAAAAUUCUCUACUGUUAUGUUACUUUGAUUUUAAUGUAGUAAUUACUUUAGCUAAUAAGUAGACAAGAUUUGAUUGUAAAGCCUUGGCGGCCAGAAACUCCUAAUUGAACAUGAAUCACGCAACAACCGAUGCACUAUCAAUAAUAUACAAUGAAGGCCAAUGGAGACUAAACAAAGUAUCUCCACUGUUUAAUUUACAAUAUGAUGAGUUAAAAUUGAAACAAUAUGCCUCCAAAGUCCGUCAAAGUCUUGUUGGCUCUGUAACAACAAACACUUCAACGAAAUAUACAGUGCAAUUUGAGGAACUACCUCUUUUAAAAUAUUGUGAGGAAGAUCCCAGUGGCUUAAUGAUUACAGUGUCAUCUACAUAUGAAAAUAAUGCAAAGAGUAAAGUAGCUUAUGUAGCAAUACUUUUGGCGUGGGGCAUGAGUGUUACCCUCAGUUCAGCAACACAUUUACCUUAUUUGAUCGAACGAGGUGAGCAGAAAGUGGGGACUGCUGUGAAAUCCAUACUACAGACGAUUUUUGAUUGCAAUGUAAACCAAUACCUAAUUAGACAGCAUCAACUAUUACAAUUUGGCUUUAGUUUUCUUGAAUGUGAUACAUCUCGCAGUUCAGAUAAUUUUACACUGGUCUACAAAACACCACAAGUGGACCAUAAAGAUCAACUGAAUCUUACAUUUGAUAUAAGUGAUGUGCAUAUUAUUUGGAAUGGAGUACGAGAUUACGACGAGAAUAGAUCAGAACUAGUUAAUGUUGCAUAUCAAAUAUUGCAAAAUCAAAUAUUCUAUAUGAUGGCUUUAGAUGUAAAGGUUCUUGAUCUAUGUGAAGUAAUAUUACCAAAAGCUGAAAUCAAAAGUACCGGUAUUGUGAAAAUGAAGACUCCGGAAGCAGUUAAUAGUACUUUUAUGGUAUUAAAUGAUAUAACUUUUAAUGCCAUGAAUAAUGUAAGUCAUAUAACACAAGGUAGUUGAAAGAUAGGUGGUUGUAAAAUAUUUGUACUGUUUGAGACCCAGCACAGGUCAUCACCUAUUAAUUUAUAUAUUACCACAUAAUUAUAUUGUUAUAUCAAUGUUUCAGUUUAUUUCCAAUUUCAGUUGUUGUAUAUCAAAUACAGCAACUGAAAUAUAAUAUUAAAGUGUUUUAUUUGUAUUUUUUAUGUAAUUGUAAUGACAAACAACAUGACGGCCCGCAUAGUGCAAGUAGUAACGAUCACCUUUGUACAUUAACAUCGCAAUGGACAUCAUAUUAUCAUGUGACGCCCAUUAUACUACUUAUGGGUUGCCAUUCUUGAGAUAUAAGAUCUCUCAUGACUCAAAUUGUAAUAUCAGAUUGUUAGAAAAAACUUUUAAUACUUCAAAAACAUUUGAUAAACUCCCAGUCCCUUCCACUGAUGCUAGACAUCUGUGCGCCUAGUUCAAAUAACUGAUGUGGGAAUGAAGGCCGCUAAACUAAAGAGAGUGGGCCGGUCAUGAGGCCAGGACUUCUUUUAAGAAGUUGAUCAAUAUCGUCACAUAUGGUACACAAAGCAAUAGACACUAAUUUUGGGAUAGAUCACAGUGGGUUGCUAUUUUUCUGAUUAGACAUGGCUUGACCAAGCACUUAAUAGAGGUUUGUAAGCAAGAUGGGGAUGCCUUUUG